CCCGCGGAGCUGCCCCCGAGGACGCCGCGGAAGAAGCGCCGGCGCAGCCGCGUGGUGCUGUACCCCGAGACGGCGCGCAAGUGCCGGCCGCGCGCGGAGCGCCAGAGCCGCGCGCAGCGCUGCCUGCUGUUGCUCGUGGCCAUCGUGGGCUUCCAGGUGCUCAACGCCAUCGAGAACCUGGAUGAUAACGCGCAGCGCUACGACCUCGACGGGCUGGAGAAGGCGCUGCAGCGCGCCGUGUUCGGCCAGUCGGCGGCCGUGGGGCGCAUCGUGGCGCUGUUGCGGGACUACCUGGCCACGCACGUGCACAGCCGCCCGCUGCUCCUUGCGCUGCACGGCCCCAGUGGCGUGGGCAAGAGCCACGUGGGCCGCCUGCUGGCUCGCCACUUCCGUGCGGUGCUGGAGGACGGCGCGCCGGUGCUGCAGUACGAUGCGCGGCACCACUGUCCCGAGCCGCGCUCCGCGGAGGACUGCCGCGAGGAGCUGGCGCGGCGCGUGGCGGACGUGGUGGCUCAGGCCGAGGCGGAGGAGAUGACGCCGCUCUUGGUGCUGGACGACGUGGAGCUCAUGCCACCGGCGCUGCUGGACGAGCUGCACGGCUUCUUGCAGCCGCAGCGCUCCCACCAUUUCCACAACGCCAUCUACGUGCUGCUCAGUGGCGCCGGCGGCGCGGAGAUCACGCGCUUCGUGCUGCAGAACGCGUCCCGUGCGCUGCCCCCGCGCCCUGACGGUACCCACGGUGCCCGGGCCGAGGAGGAGCUGCGCGCGGGCCUGCGGGCGCUCCUGGUCCGCGAGCACCCGCUGUGGCAGGCCGCGGCCAUCGUGCCCUUUCUGCUGCUGGACAAGCGCGACGUGGUCAACUGCUUCCGGGACGAGAUGGCGGGCGAGGGCUUCUUCCCGGACCAGGCCCGCGCCGAGCUCCUGGCCGCGCAGCUCAGCUACUACAGCGUCGCUGGCCGCGAGUUCGCUGUCACUGGCUGCAAGCAGGUGGUGGCCAAAGUGAACCUCUUGUAGCAUAGGCGCAGCUGGACACGAUGGGACAUUUGGUGGCAGUACUGGAGAGUGCCCCUAUGGAUUUGCCUCAGGCCCCUGAGGCCCAGAAUAAACCUGUCUAUGGCGCCCCA